AUUUUAUUAUAAUGAUAUCAAUAUUGAGAAUGAAAUUGAUAGUGAAGAUAAAACUGAUAAUAAUUCUAAAAAUAAAGAUGAUAAAAGUAAUAAUUAUCAGAGUAAUGAUAGCGAAUUUAACAUAUCAGAAGAAGAUUAA